CCUCAAACCACACAAUAAAAAGGAAAAUACAAUCUCAAGUUCAUUCAAAACCUGUUCCUGCAGUACCCGUGGUACAUUUCAAGGUGAUUCUGAUGGAGAAAGUGAGCAAUAAGUCAUGUCAACUGAGUGUGAAGCAAGAGGAGCCAACUCUGGUUCCUCCUGCAGGGGAAACUGAGAAGGGUCUUUACUUUCUAUCGAACCUUGACCAGAACAUUGCAGUUACAGUUCGUACAAUUUACUGCUUUAAAUCUGAUUCAAAAGGCAAUGAGGAUGCUGUGAAGGUGAUCAAGGAUGCCUUGUCAAAGGUUCUUGUUCACUACUAUCCAGCUGCAGGACGGCUGACAAUCAGCUCAGAAGGAAAGCUUAUAGUGGACUGCACAGGGGAGGGUGCUGUUUUUGUUGAGGCAACAGCAGACUGUUCCAUAGAGGAGAUAGGAGACACAACAAAGCCUGAUCCCAUCACUCUUGGAAAGCUGGUUUAUGACAUUCCUGGCGCUAAAAACAUACUUGAGAUCCCUCCUCUGGUGGUUCAGGUGACAAAGUUCAAAUGUGGAGGUUUUGUUCUUGGGCUAGGGAUGAACCACUGUUUGCAUGAUGGAAUUGCUGCCAUGGAAUUUGUGAACUCAUGGGGUGAAACUGCAAGAGGCUUGCCCCUAAAAGUCCCUCCAUUUCUAGACAGAAGCAUACUCAAAGCCCGAAACCCACCACAGAUAGAGUUUCAGCACAAGGAAUUUGCUGAGAUUGAAGAUAUAUCAGAAACCAGCACCAAAGUUUACAAAGAAGAAAUGCAUUAUAGGUCAUUCUGUUUUGACCCUGUGAAGCUUGAGCUGCUCAAGCAAAAAGCCAAGGAAGAUGGGGUUCUGGAAAAGUGCACAACAUUUGAAGCCCUCACAGCUUUUGUCUGGAGAGCUCGAACUCAGGCACUAAGGAUGAAGCCUGAUCAACAGACAAAGCUUCUCUUUGCUGUUGAUGGGCGGCCAAGAUUUGAUCCAUCAAUACCAAAAGGGUACUCUGGCAAUGCGAUUGUGUUAACAAAUUCCAUAUGCAGAGCAUGUGAACAACUUGAGAAUCCACUGUCCUUUACAGUUGGACUAGUUCAGAAGGCAAUUAAUAUGGUUACAGAUAGUUAUAUGAGAUCAGCCAUAGACUAUUUCGAAAUAACAAGAGCUAGGCCUUCUCUUGCAGCAACCCUACUGGUCACAACUUGGUCUAGGCUACCUUUCCACACUGUCGAUUUUGGAUGGGGGGAUCCUCUUUUUUCUGGGCCGGUGGCUUUGCCUGAGAAGGAAGUAAUUCUGUUCCUAUCUCAUGGGAAAGAGAGAAAAAGCGUAAAUGUUCUUCUGGGUUUGCCGGCUUCUGCCAUGAAAAUCUUUGAACAACUGAUGCAGAUUUGAAGAACUGAAGCAUUUAUUAUAUAGCUUGUGGUGUACGUUCAAUUCGGUCCACGAGAAAAAAAAAACAUGUUUUCCAGUUGAAUUCAAAUACUCACUGCUGGAUUACUGUAUUUGGACCAGAAAUGUUGUAAAAGUGAAAAUUUAUUUCAUUUGUAAUCUGUAUGGAAGUUCCCAUGUUUGGAUUAUCAAGUUCAGAGUCAAUAAUUCAUUAGGAAGUCUGUGAAAUUGUGAAUCAGAUAAUAUAUAUUGUUCUUCAGU